AUGACUGUUCAAGAUUCACGAAGCACAAUUGAGCUACCCCUCUUGACACCGGCUGUUCUUCGGGCGUGUUCCUUUCAAAGCUGGUACCAUUCAUUUCGUCCGCAUACAUUCCGAUCGACCAUCAUCACUCUAGAGCCACCUCACAUCGCCUACUUACGCGAUAGCGGUCAUGGGCUUCAUUUACCCGAAGAAUUGGAUCCAGUCUCGAGCUACGAGAGUCAGCUGAGCGACUCAGAAGACGAUACAGAGGCACCACAGAUUUCAUCAGCUGGCUCCUCGUCUUCCAGGUCAUCUAGUCCACCCCCACGCUAUUCCUUUCCAGAACUCACACAGGCGAUUGCUGAGACGAUUGAGCAAUACGGGGGUUCAGUGUUUCCGAAGCUGAAUUGGUCAGCGCCUCAAGACGCAGGCUUUCUCUUGGUUUCCGGUGACGGUCCGUUGAGAUGUCGGAGCCCGAUGGAUGUAUACAUGCUCUUGAAAGGCAGUGAUUGCAUUUUCCAUGACCUUGAUGUACACGAGAAGAUCUCUCAAGCUUCGCCCGACGGCAGUUCCUUACCUGUCGCGCUAGUUUUACGAGAGUGGUUCAAUCUCAACCCAGCCCACGAAUUUCGAUGCUUUGUGAGAGACCGGAAUUUGAUUGCUAUCUCCGCCAGAUACUCAACGUACUAUGACUUCUUACUACCCCAAGAAGUAAGACAAGCCAUUGUCGAAAGGAUUCACACAUUUUUUGAGACGGUCAUUGCUCCUCAAUUCCACUUGUCGGACUUCGUUUUUGAUGUCUAUCUCAAAAAUCCUACCAAAAUCGCAUCAUCAUCGACUGCCAAACCCAAUUUAAAAUUGGUCGACAUCAAUCCAUAUGCAACUUACAUCGACCCUUGCCUAUUUUCGUAUGAGGAGCUUGAAGAGUUCUAUUCGACUACUUUUGGUGCGCCUAGCGAGCCGAAACAAUCGACCCCCUUGCUCAAACUUGUUGAAUCUGAACAUCCUCAUCAAAACUUCCGGGCUUCCAAGUUUCAAACGUCAAAGCUUCCAGUAGAAUUCGUAAAAUUUUCUCAAGACCAAGACGUCAACCAUUUAUCUGAUGAAUUUAGAAAAAUGUUAGAUUCUGAGAAACGAUGA